CGCGCCCGAACUUCAGUCUCUAUCGCGUGAGGUUCGCGCGCGUCCCGUGCUACCAGCAGUUCGAUACUCGGAAACGUGCCCCGUGUCCGCCUCUCAGCUCGUGUAACCGGCGAAUGGGAUCUGGUCGCGCCGUCCGCCACCAACCAACAGGAUGAAUCGACGCUGCAUAAUCCUCGGGCUCUGGGCCCUCCUCUGCGCCACCCAAGUCUGCUGCAAGCCGAGCGACGACAAAAUUGACGACAGCGUUUAUCCGGAGGAUGACGCCGAAUUAGAGGAUAACGAGGACGCGUACGAUGACAGCGAAGGACAGGGUUUGUCAUCGGCGCCGGUUCAACUCCUGACGCAGUCACAAUACUUUCAGGUGGAGGCGGGCAGCGACGUCUAUCUGCCAUGUAAUUUCGUCAAUGCGGAUAACGUGAUGAUAAACUGGGAAAAGGGCGCUGAAGUGCUAUUUGCUGGCGAUGCAAAAUUGUCGCAGAACAACCGCCUGCAUCGGCUGCAAAACAACACGCUCUUCAUACACAACGCCCUUCCGGAGGACAGCUCGGACAACUACAAGUGCAAGGCUCUCGAGAAGAAUGAGCACAAGAACGUGGUGCACCGGCUGCUGGUGAAGGAAUCGACCAGUCCGUCAGUCCGCAUCUUACCGUACGAGUACAUCGAGCUCGAGCAAGGCCAGGAUUUGCACAUCGGCUGCGAGGUGCUCGACGAUCAGCGGCCCAAGGCCAUCGCUUGGUCGCGCGAGGGACACAGACUAAAAGUUGACAAAGAAACCCCUACUGCCGUCUUUAUUUCUAUACGCAAUGCAACCAGACACUUAGCCGGUGAUUAUCAAUGUCUCGUGGAAACAGGAGCAGCAAAGCCAAUAAUUAAGCAUCUGAAAUUAAGAGUUAAACACAUACCGGAUAUCGAGUACGAAAAGGUACAAAGUGGCGGCGAGCGGAUGCGGGAGGUCGACAGCUACUACACGGGUCUCGGCACCGAGACCAACAUCACCUGCGUAGUCCACUCCCAUCCGCCGAUGACGAAGCUCCAUUGGCUGAAGGACGGCCAUAAGAUCAACCACGAUAGCCGCGUGAGCAAAAGCUCGUCGCACAAAAGCCAGCACGUCCUCACGAUCAAGGACACGACCAAGAGCGACCUUGGCGUCUACCAGUGCAGGGCUUGGAACGCCCUUGGUAACGCGACCGGCCCACCGAUAAACCUCCGCGACACGCCCGAUCAGCCGGUCUUCCAAUCCGGCCAGGUUAUCGACGACUCGAUCCAAUUCCAGUGGCGCGUCAUCAGCUACAAGCCCAUCGUCCAAGCAGAGAUUAUGUACCGCAAGAAGGGCGAGCAGAAUUGGCAGGAGGGACUGGACGAGAAAGUGGUGAGCAGCGUCGGCAAGUUGCACGUCGUCCAGGGCAGGAUCAGCGGCAUCCCGGCCGGCACGUACGAGGUGAAGCUGCGAACGCGCAACGACGAGGAGCACGCGGACGGCGAUAAGCUUAGCAAGUGGGGCCCGUUCUCGGAUCCCGAGAAGUUCGACGGAGAGUACAAGGACGCCGAAGUGAAAAGUGUGACAGGAUCGGCAAUGAAACCGACCAUUAGCUUCAUGACGCUGCUUUUUAUGAUUUCACAAUUGGCCUACUCGUAUUCUUAAAUCGUCAAAUACUUUGACUCGAUAUAGGUACAUAAUUUGCAGCCAAAGCGUUCACCAGUAGACCUCGAGAUACACCAUACAUUGCGUUAUAAUAAAGAAAAUAAACGGACACGUACGUACGAUAGCUAGGAGAAGAGCGCCUCUUCCUUCCCUCGCUUAAUCUCUCACUUUCUUCGGGCCCUCUUAUUUUCUCGCGCUCUCUCCUCCUCCUCAUCCUCAUCCUCA